AAAUCAAUCUGCCCUCCCCGUGUCCAAGUACUGUCUCUGUUUAAAUCUUCUAAGAGUUCGCAUCAAAUCAUCGAAUCAUAGUAGUUGGUGAGUGUCGAACUCAGUUGUCGCACUGCUGAAUAGUAUAAUAUCUGGUACAUUCGUUUUUGUUAGUGGUCAGUUACUUGUUCCAGGCGGUUUGCCUCGUGUAUUGUCCCAGCUUAUUGCCUCCAGUCCACGCGUCCGAACGUUUGUCAGAAAGCCAUAAUCCCAGCCCCCAUUCCAACUCAUUGCUGCAGACCUUCAAACCAUGUCCUCUAAUAAAGGCGUCCCAGUUCCCUACAAUGGCGCUCCUCCCAAAUACCUCAACGAUUUCAGUAAAGCUCUUGCGAGUGAGGUUCGUAUCUUGCUUGCAGAGGUAGGGAAGCUCAGAGAUGAGCGCAGGCAGCUUCAAUUCGAAAUCGCCGAGCUUAUGGCGGUGAAAUCCAAACAUGGCGCUGGAGGUGAAUAUUCUCCAGAUUGGAGGCCACCAGACCCGCCGCCGCCUCCUCCUCCUGCAGCCUCCCCCCCUCCAGAAGAAGGCCUAACCGGCCCCGCCCGCCCAGCCUGGCGAGUUGUCCACAAACCACAAAAACGAGAGAAGGCAGCUCCCAAGAGCCUUCCUGCUCCAGUUCCCGUUCCUGCGAUUGAACCUCCGAAGCCAAAUCUGCCCGCAUGGGCUCAAUGGAGGCCAAAUCCUGCUCAUGCACCAGCACCGAUGCCUGCGCCUAUUUCGCCCAGGCCUGUGGUGCCUGCUGCACGUCCCGGUCUUUUCGGUCCGCCAACUCCUCCACCGAAGUAG